UAUUUCACACAGGAUCUUCAUUUAGUGAGUCCCUGAUUCCCUGACUGCUACUUUCUCUCACCAGCCUCUUCCAGCUCUAUGAUGGUCCUGCAGGCCCCUGAUGCCCCCUGGACAACAGCUCUGAUGGUGUUACUGAUGGUGCUGAGCCACCCCAUGGUCCAGGGCAGGGCCACUCCAGAGAAUUAUCUGCACCAGAUACGGCAGGACUGCUACGCCUUCAACGGGACGCAGCGCUUCGUGGAGAGAUACAUCUACAACCUGGAGGAGCUCGUGCGCUUCGACAGCGACGUGGGGGAGUACCGCGCAGUGAGCGAGCUGGGGCGGCAGCAAGCCGAGUACUUCAACAGCCAGAAGGACGUCCUGGAGCAGAAGCGGGCCGUGGUGGACACCGGAUGCAGACAGAACUACGAGCUGGACGAGGGCUUCACCCUGAAGCGCCGAGGUGAGGCCGCGGGCGGGGCUCGCGGUUGCCGCUGGGCUUCGAGCCCCGUGGGGAUGCGGGGCGGGGAGGGGCCCAGUGAAGGGGUUUGGGUGCUGGGGAUCAUGCGG